AUGUCCUCUGCUCAUGAUGCCACCACCAAGAUCUCCAUUGACAAGUUCGACGGCGACAACUACGCGACGUGGAGCCGCUACAUGCGUGGUGUGUUCCUCACCAAGUCGGUGUGGCAUGUGGUCAACCGGGAGACCACCCCCACCUUCGCCGAUCCUCGCGCCAGUGAUGACUACGUCAAGACGAACAACAUUGCGUUCGGCUUGAUGCUGCUGCACAUGAGCGCGGAUUAUCAUCACGUGGUUGAUGACUGUGAAGAGGCGUGGGUCGCGUGGGCGCGUUUGAAGACGCUGUACGGUGGAUCGCAGAAGGCUGGACGCAUCUACUUGAAGCGCCAGCUGUUCAGCAUGGAGAUGGCGGAAGGCGGCAAUGUGAUGCAUCAUUGCAACGAAGUCCUCAACAUCAGCGCGAAGCUCAGCAGCAUCGGCGCCAAGAUGGAGGACGAGGACGUGGCGAUCUGCUUGUUGCGCAGCCUCCCUAAGAGCUACGAGAACGUCGUUCUCAACUUGGAGAUGAGCAGCGCGGAACUGCGAUCGCGAGACGUCGUGAGAGUGCUCACGAAUGAGCACAUCAAGAGGCAAGGUGACAAGACGACAUCGGUGAAGACUGAAGACGCGGCGAAGACGUUCAGUACCGAGCGUGAACCUCGCCAGUGUACAUACUGCGGAAAAUUGGGGCACACGGCGGAGCGGUGCUGGACCAAGCAGAAGCACGAAAAUCAAGGUGGAGCUCGACGCGGCGGCAACAAUGCUCGUGGACGCGGAGCCAACAACGUUCAGUGGCGAACCAACAACAACAACGACGACAACUACGAUCGAGUUGCGUUCGCGGUUUCGCUGGAGGCUGGACUUUCGACGGGCAAGAAUAUGCCAGGGAUGUGGGCAGUCGACAGCGGUGCGACGCAUCACAUCUGCAACGACAAAGCCAAGUUUGCAAUCCUGAAUGAGCGAGAGGAAGGCGAACUAUCAGUGGCUGAUGGCAGCAAGGCUGCGAUCAAGGGUGUGGGAACCAUCAUGGAACGGGUGGUUCUGCCCAGGAGUGACGAACGCGACAUCGAGAUCAAGGACGCACUAUUCGUACCAAGUAUGAGCAAGAAUCUGCUUUCGGUGCCACAAAUCAACAAGGGUGGCAGGUUCCAAGUCGUGUUCGAUGGAUCCAAGAUGCAAGUGAAGCGCAAGAAUUCCACACAAGUCGUGGCAACAGCGGAUCUUGUCGAUGGACUUUACUGGCUGCGGACUCCUCAACGAUCGGCAAAUGCAGCAACACGCAACGGGACUAUAGACUUGCAUGCGCGCAUGGGUCAUGCACCCCUCGAAGUUCUGCGCAAGAUGGUGGCCACUGGCAUGAUCAAGGACGCCAAGGCACCUCUCAACGCGACUGGUCCAAGUGUGUGUCGCGGUUGCCAGCAAGGAAAGAUGGUCCAAAAACCAUUCCCAAACAACCGUGACAAACGCCAAUAUGGUGUGUUCGAGUUGCUGCACUUCGACAUCUGCGGGCCAAUGGAACAAGUCUCGAUCGGCGGCAGCAGAUACUUACUGCUUGUGGUUGACGAAGCCAGCGGCUGCAUGAAGGGCUUCUGUCUGCGGUCCAAGUCUGAGAGUGAAGUCUGUAUCAAGAACCACAUUAUCAAGAUUCAAACUCAGUUCGGCACGAAGAUCAAGUUUGUUCGGCACGAUGGAGCGCAUGAGUUUGCGACCAACUCCAUCAAGACCUUCUACGAAGAUCAAGGCAUAGAGCAGCAGGUCACAGUGCCGUAUGCACACCAGACCAACGGCACUGCAGAACGCGCAAUACGGACCAUCGUCACGAUCGGACGCAGCUUGUUGCAUCAUGCAAAACUGGAGAAGUGUUUCUGGGCUGAAGCGGCAAUGACGGCGAUCUACAUCAAGAACCGCCUGCCUUCACCCAAGAUCGACCACAAGACUCCGUUCGAAAUCGUGUACAAGUCGAAACCAAGUGUCAAGCACAUGCGCGUGUUUGGAUGUCGGACGUUUAUCCUGACACCAAGGGAGAAGCGAUUGAAGUGGGACCCGAAGGCUCGUGAAGGGAUGUUCAUGGGCUACGAAGAAGCUUCAAAAGCUUAUCGAGUGUACGACAUUGAGGCGGGCCAAGUGGUGAUCAGUCGUGACAUCACCUUCGACGAAUCGACUUUUGACUUUUCGGUGGACCGACCAAGUGACGAUGAUGAAGAUGCGGAGUUGGACCUCGACCUCCUGGCGAUCAACGAGGAUGACGUGCGUCAAACCGUCUACAAGAAAACUGGCAAGCGCAAGAGUGAAGCAAGACCCGGCAUGUCACGUUCAGCUUGCCCUCGAACUGGGUUGGAACAAGCAAGUGCGCCAGAACACGUCUCCAACCGUCACCAGAAACGAUGA